UUGGACAUAACGAUCCUCAUCUAAGGCCAGGAGGCGCAGAAUACUACCGGAAUAUCAUUGCAUUUAGGCUUUUUAGUGGACAGAGUUAGGAAAUUAGCAUUUUUAGAAAUAAAAAAAUAAAUCUUAAAUUCAUACUGUUUUCUAUUCCAAUUAAGGAUCACAAGAGUUCUAUUUAAUUUUUAAAUUUUAUAUUUGUAUUGCCCUUCUCUUAUCCUGAGUAUCUUAGUUUCUAUCGACAUUAACAUACUUCCUUUAUUCCAAUAUACAAAAUACUGUAAAAUAACAGUAUUUACUAUCACUAUUAAUCAUAAGCCUCCUGCAUGUAGUUUAAUAUUUCUCUGUGGUUCAUUUUAUCCUUGGGAUCUAUUCUACCAGGAAUGUACAGUCAAAACAGUGUAUUUCAACAUACUUGAAAUCACUUUUUCCCACGUGAAUGAGCCUCCAGCUUGACAUGUAGUUAAGCUUAUUUGUUUUAGUUUGACAUAUUUAGGGGUUAUUUAAAGAUUUUUUUCAAUAAUUUAAAAAUUGUAUUAAAAAUUACUCAUGAUUAUAAAGUCAAAAUUACAAAAUAAGUUGCAUUGAAAGAGGUCCAGCAGUCACGCCUGCUUCCUCCCCUCUGCUUCUUCCCGUGACAGAGACCCAUUUUUAUUAGUUUCCUUCCAUUGUUUUCUUUUUCAAAAUAUAAGCAAAUAUGUACAUAUAAGUGCGUUUUUAGCUUUGUAACAGACUGUGCACAUUUUCACUCAGGAUGAGGGGCAUUAUUAUUUUAAUUUUUAAAUUCCGUAUUGAACAUAUCUAGGCCGAGUAUAUAGUACUAUUUAAUUGAAAAUUAUAGGCCCUCCUGACACUUCCUGUCUCCUUUCCUUGCUUUAUUUUUCUCCAGAGCACUUACCCUAUGUAAUAUGCUCUAUAAUUUCCUUAUUAUGUUUAUUGUCUGUCUUCCCCACCAGAAUUUUUGUCUGUUUGUUCCUGCUGUAACCCCAGCACUUAGAACAAUGCCUAGCACUCAAACAAUAUUUGUUGAAUGAAUAAAAGAAUGUGUGGUAAGUGUCUGAAGACUAAGUAAAUGAGUGAACAAAUACAUGAAUAAAUGAGUGGAUUUAGGGCCAUGGCCUCAUGCUCUCUCAUUUCCUCCCAAAGACCCUGCGUUGGAGCUCAGCUACCACCCAAGAGCCCAGCACUGACUCUGAGCCAUUCUUCUCUCCUGCCCCAGGUGUCAAAUGUGGGGGUGUUCUCUCAGCACCUUCUGGAAACUUCUCCAGCCCUAACUUCCCCAGCCUGUACCCCUACAACACAGAGUGCAGCUGGCUAAUCGUGGUGGCCGAGGGCUCCUCUGUGCUGCUCACCUUCCACGCCUUCGACCUGGAGUACCAUGACACCUGCGGCUUUGACUUCCUGGAGAUCUACAACGGGGCCUCCGGGGACCAGGGCAACCUGCUGGGGAGGUUCUGUGGCCAGGUGCCCCCGCCGCCCUUCACCUCCUCGUGGCAUGUCAUGUCUGUGGUCUUCCACUCAGACAAGCAUGUGGCCAGCCGUGGCUUUUCUGCUGGCUACCAGAAAGAUGUGUGUGGUGGCGUCCUGACGGGCCUGUCGGGGGUCCUCACCAGCCCUGAGUACCCUAACAACUACCCCAACAAUGUGGAGUGCCGCUGGGUGAUCCGGGCCGCCGGCCCCGCGACCAUCAAGCUAGUGUUCGUGGACUUCCAGGUGGAGGGCAGUGAGCAGUGCACGUACGACUACGUGGCUGUGCUUGGGGGGCCUGGCCCCGCCAGCGAGCAUCACUACUGCGGCAGCGCCAGGCCCCCCACGCUUGUGUCGCUGGGCCACGAGCUGCAGGUGGUCUUCAAGUCUGACUUUAACAUCGGAGGCCGGGGCUUCAAGGCCUACUACUUCUCAGGAGAAUGCCAGGAGGUGUACACGGCUAUGCGGGGCAACUUCUCCAGCCCACAGUACCCCAGCUCCUACCCCAACAACAUCCGGUGCCACUGGACCAUCCGCCUGCCUCCUGGCUACCGGGUCAAGCUGUUCUUCCUGGACCUGGAACUGGAGGAGCCCAACAGUCUGACCAGGACCUGUGACUUCGACCAUCUGGUGGCCUUCGAUGGGGCCAGUGAGGAGGCGCCCCUGCUGGGGAAUUGGUGUGGCCACUACCUGCCACCACCAGUCACCUCAAGCCACAAUCAGCUCCUGCUUCUGCUGCACACGGACCGCAGUUCCACCCACAGGGGCUUCUCUGUGGCCUACAUUGGAGUGGUGCCCAUGAACGUGAGCUGCUCCCGCAUGGACUUCCAGAUCCUGAUCUCUGCGCAGGCGCUGGCCCCGCUAGAACGGACCAAAGUCUACCUGGGCAGCCGGAGCUGCGCCGCCCAGGAAGUCGGCAGCAACUUCCGGAUCCAGGCCCGCUUUGACACCUGCGGCACUGAGUCUCAGAGAAGAAAUAACACCUCAGUGAUCGUCAGCGUGCUGUACAUCGACUUCUCAGCUGCUGGGCAGGAGGACAUCCACGAGUAUGAGGUCCGCUGCGAGCCACGGCGCAAGGAGGCCUCUGUCCACCUGCUGUCUGGCUCCGACUGGCUUGGGCCCUAUGCUGCCACGGCCGAGCACCUUCAGGAAGCACCACCCAGGGACGAGGCAGAGGCACUGGAGGGCCCCGUGGCCAUGGUGGCCCAGGACACCAGUGAUAUCAUCUUCCUAGGACUUUGCAUCCUGGCUGGAGUCCUCAUGGUCAUUGCCAUCGUGGUCCUGAUGCUGCUGUAAGCAGGGAGGGUAGGGACCUGGCAUCUGGCAUCCCUGGGAGGCAGCUUGGGGACCCCAUCACGGGGGCGGGACCAGGUCUUGUUGAUUUGGUGACUGUGGGCAAGUCACUAUCCCCCUCUGAGUCACAGUUUCCUGGGGAACCUUUUUUCUGCCCUGCUUAUCUCACAGGGCUGGUAUGAGGCUCAGAGAAGAGCAUGAAUGGAUAAGAGUUUUGUAAGCUACGGCAUGCCAAGCAUGUGUGUGCAACUGUUGUCAUUAGUUUUAAAGAUUUUCUCCUAUUGAAAAGAACUCCCCUGUGUGUGUUACUUAUCAGCAUAGAUAGUUGUAGUCACAGAGUUGAUAAAACUGACUUGUUCUGUAACUUGUGUGAGUGCUUUACCAACUCAAGGUACAAACAAGGUGCCUCCUAAUUUUCCAAUUAAUUGCUCAUCCUAAGCCUUCAUUAGCAGGAAGUUCAGUAUCAUCCAGGGGCUUCUACUCUCCUGAACUGACCCAGGAAUCCUGAGGACUUCAUCUAAAGCAGGCCAGUCCUGCUUCCAAACUCCAGGAACAGAAAGGGAGCUGAAACCCCACCCAGAGCUGUUGUUUUGGCCCCUGCCACAUGGUGUCGCUGUUGACGACUGGCAGUGUGCAUCCUGGUGGAUGCCCGUCCACCUGGGUGACGAUGCCUUGAUGGGUCAGAUCCCUAGAGUGUAAAGCACAGGCAGGCACACACUGUGCUCAGUGGUGAGGCUGGAGGCUGAGGGGCUGAGGACUGUCGUCUCUUUCGUGUUGGUAUUUUUCCUUAAAUAUAUUAUGAUCCUUGACUGAAAA